AUGUCCACACCAAAGAUCACUAAAAGAAGUAUCCCUGUCCUCUGGCGUCAAUCGACCCUGAUGAAAGAUGGCCCAAACUUCUUAUGGAACGAUGACAGAAACGAGGCUGAGCCUUUUGCACACCACCAAGAUGAAAUGUAUGAGAAUGACAUCCACCGUCAUGCCUACCUGGUACCUACCUACCUACCUACCUACCUACCUACCUACCUACCUACCUAUCUACCUACCUAG